UGUAAAGAGAAACUAGUUACUUAGCACCUGCGAUACGAAGCGCUGUGGAGACUACAUUUAAACGACUCUAAUGCAUUUCCAUAGCAUUUUGGCAGACGAACAAUACGAUUAAUAUAUAUUUAACCAGUAGCGAGAGGGACAAAUCCAGAAAACACAAAAGUUGCUGAGUGCAGUUAGCUCCCUGCUGCCUCGUUGUAUAGUUGUACCCCUCCUUGUGCAGGCACUCCUCCCAAACGAGCGGAGACAAUGAACUGGGGCUUUCUCCGAGAUAUCCUGAGCGGAGUGAACAAGUACUCCACGGUGAUCGGGAGGAUCUGGUUGUCCGUGGUCUUCAUAUUCCGCAUCCUGAUCUAUGUGGCGGCAGCGGAGCACGUGUGGAAGGACGAGCAGAGGGACUUUGUGUGCAACAUCAAACAGCCGGGCUGCGAGAACGUGUGCUUUGACUACUUCUUUCCCAUCUCCCAAAUCAGGCUGUGGGCCUUGCAGCUCAUCAUGGUUUCCACUCCAUCUCUCUUGGUUGUGCUUCACGUGGCGUACCGUCAGCACAGGGAGCACACGCACAGGAAGAAGCUAUAUGUGGACACAGGGACGAUGGAUGGGGGGCUUUGGUGUACCUAUCUCAUCAGCCUCCUGUUCAAGACGUUCUUUGAGGUGGGCUCCCUGGUGGCAUUUUACUAUCUCUACAGUGGCUUUACUGUGCCUCAGCUGCUCCAGUGUACCAUGAGCCCUUGCCCUAACACAGUCGACUGCUACGUUUCCAGGGCAACUGAGAAAAAGGUCUUCCUUUACAUCAUGGGCUCCACUUCCAUCUUGUGCAUCGUGCUGAAUGUGUGCGAGAUGGUCUACCUUCUACUCCAGCAGUGCUGGAAAUGUUAUUUUAAGAGGUACGGCCUGGUCAUGGAGAAACACCAGUGCCACUGCACACAGCCAAAGUCUUUAAACAGCACUGUAGCUGCAAACCCUGUGCCCUUGAAGGUAGAAUCCACAAACUGAAGCUUUCAUACAGCUUAGUCUUCUUAUAAUGGGUUUGCAUCUUUAACAUUUCAACUUCCGAUAUUUUAGAUCUGCAAUUUAAUUUCCUCUAGCUAAUCCCUAAAUUAUACAACAAUGGAAACUCCUAAUAUUGAAACACAUUUUUUCAUCUAUUUAAAGUACUUUUCUUCUGUUGUUAGUAAACACAGGCAGCAUUAAUCUGCAAGACCAUGAUAUGCUUAGAUAGGUUUUUUUUCAUUUAGGCCUUCAAUUAUACAUUUAUUUUCUUGGUAUGGCAUGCUUUCCUGCCAGCUAUAUACAUAUUGUAUAAUGUAGUAGUAGUCAUAUCUGACUAACCUCCAAGACUUCUUUGAAGAAGUUACAUCAAGGAUGGCUACAAACCGAGCAUUUGCCAACACAUUUCUGGACUUUUAAAAGACAAAGCUUACAAACCAGUGGAAUCCAGGGUGAUUCAUGCACGUGGAUACAUAGUUGGUAAGACACAUGAGGCACUUGUAAAGGGAGUAACUGAUAGAUCAGACCAUGUGCUCAGUGGGAGCUGCAACUGUUCUAUUUCUAAUCUGCAUAAUGACUUAGAAAGCAAGAUUGUACAAUCUGAGCUGGGAGUGGCAGACUUGUAUGCAGAGGCCCAGGAAAACCAACAGGAUUUAGGCUGCAUACAGAACUGUGUUAAAACACUGCAAAUUAAAUGGUAAGAAAUGUAAAGUGUUACCUGUCCAGCAGUAACAUCUACAAACCCUAUGAGAGCUCUGUGGGAUUAAGAAAGCAUCAAAAUUGGUUUAAGAAUAUGUUUGUAUCUGCAGCUUCCUGAGCUAGGGAGCAUAAAUGCAGGUUAAAGCAAUUUAAAGAAAAAUGGUGUAAACUAGGUAGGAUUCUUCAAGAAACUCUGGGUUUAGUUUUUUUUUUUUUUUUUUUUUAAAGUACAUAGAAAUACAUUGUAUAAAUAAUAAAAAUGCAAAAACAAAAUGUGAUUGCAGCAUUCCUUUGAGGUCGGCACUGCGUGCGUUUCAUAAAGCACUUCACAAGUGCUGUCGCUUGCACUCUUCAGCACUCAAAACAAUCACUAACUCGGUAAUCCAUUUUAAAUAAAAUCCAUUUAGAUUAGUUUCUUAUUAAAUCAAAAGUUUGACCACCCUAAGAUCAGUUAUCUCCCUUCUUGGCAAUUGGUACUUUGAUAUCUGUACAUGCAUCACAAGGAUUUGACGGGCCCUAAAUACUCUUCCCCUUCUGAUUCGUCUGCCUUUUUGACAAUGAGCAAAUAGUAUGAGUGCCAUUGCAUGUUCUAAUAUGCCAUGGAAAUUGCUACUUGCGGCUGCUGUCUUAGGUUUCUGGUGAAAAUCAGCAAUGUCGCUGCCCUGCGAAAGUUUUACAAAACCCAAUUUUUUAUUUGCGAGGUCUGAAUCUGUAACGACAAUCCAUUACCUUUUGUUAGCGGUAGUACUUACACCACCACUACUAUACAAUUAUACAGAUUGUCUCAUUUGUUUUUCAUUUUUUCUUGGUGGUAACAAUGGGAUACUGCUUGGACAGGUACACUUUGCCAGCUCACACUUUCCAUCAGUGCAGAUAUAAGAACUACAAAACACUCCAUUGUAAAUGAUAACAGAUAAAUGAUAAAUAAACAAACCACAAAUCAUUGAUUAAGAUUGUUUUUUACUAUUUUCUGUUAGUAUUGCCAGAGGUGGGUUGAAGGGAACAAUUCUGGUUCAGGGCUGAAAAUAAAGUUUCAGGUUGUUAUCACUGGCUCCUUAGAGACAAACCAUGUCAAGAGACACACCUUUUAAAAUGAUCAGCAGGUGGUGUUACAAUAACAAAGUCAUCUCGGUUGUGCCUUAAAAAUAGUGUUUCAAUUUGCAUACAUUAUGGAAUGACUAACAAUUGAAUGGUGUUAAGUUACAAGGGAACUAUUGUUUUCAGCGACAGCAUUACACUGCAACUCACAAUUCUCACGAGAGCAUCUGUAACUUAAGAAAACAGCCCUCCCGCGGCAAUCCAUCAAAACCAAGCAAAACCCUUUCUUCAAGAAACAGGAUGAUGCGUAGUGCGCAUUCCAAUGUUUAAAGAAAAGUCCUAUUAUAGAAGAGAAUAUUUCAUAUUAGUUAAAUGUCAUUUUGGAAGAGUUUAUUAGGGGCAAGGGGACUUCUCACCGUUUCUAGUUCGUGUUUGAGCACUGUAAAGUAUUAUUUCAAUAAUAUGUUCACACUUUUUCUUGUAAUUUUUCUUGAAAUACAAUAAUUGGUUUGUCUAAGGCAGCAAUUGUUUACUCAACCUGGCUAAUUUAAAUGUCAGAACAAACUGAUAAAAGCAGCUACAUUUACAACAUGGUAAAACCAAAAAUCUGGGAAGAUUAGGUAUUAUCAGAAAAUAUAGAUUUUGGAUUAUACAAAGCAGUAAACUUUAGUGUACCAUUACAACACUUGACUUGUACUUUUUAGGCAGAUAGUGGAGAACAGUAGAACAGUGGCAGCUAGUUUCACAGACCCCAGCCAGCAUUCAUCCCUCAUGUAAACUCUAGGUAAGACAGUCCAGCGCU